CCUUCUCCACAACGCGUGGGUGAAGGCAGAGAGGGAGAUGAGAGGAGAGGAAAGGUGGGAACUGCAACUUCCCAACCGGGAAUGAAGGCGCAAGAAUGCCCUGUGAGACGCUUUGGAGGCUCCGCUACACAAGAAGUAAUUAACUGUGAGGAAAUCUGAAGAAGAAUCGGACCUUGGUGCUCAGAGUCCUCUUCUUGGCUGAGGAAGAAAAAGUUUGUCUCAGAGGGAGUCUUCAUUAUCCAGCAGAGAUGAGACUGACCUUCUCCACAAGUUGGAUAUUCCGAGGCUGGAUAACGUGUGUACUCGUCACCUUUUACGCACAGGAUGCAGUCUCCAAAUCUCUGCAGUGUGAUGAAAAACAUUACUUAAAAGGCCCCAGAUGCUGCAAGAAGUGUGAACCAGGCUCCCGUGUGUUCUCUGACUGCAAUGAUUCCCACCAGACUAUAUGUUUGAAAUGUAGUCGUAGUGAAUACCAGCCGGGCUGGACUGAUGAGAAGCGCUGUCUCCAGCAGAAGUUCUGUGACCCAGUUAAGGGUUUUAUGGAGACGACUGAAAACCUUGUGUCAGAGGAGCUGUGUCGCUGCCGUCCCCACCUCCAAUGCUUUCCCAUCAACUGUGAGUACUGUGAGAAGAUACCCACCUGCAAUGCUGGAUAUGGACUCGAGGUGGAUCUUGCAUCUACUAAUGGAAGGAAGAUCUGUGUUCCAUGUAAGAAAGGUUUCUACUCUGCUGACAAUGAUGGCGAACAAUGCAAACAAUGGACUAAUUGUAAGGCUGAGGGCAGGAGGGAGACACAUCCAGGCAGUGCUCAGGCCGAUGCAGUGUGUGGACCACCUGUUUCAGCUCCCUCCUGGGUCAUUGUUUCAGUUCUGUCAGUCAUCACUGUUCUGUGUCUCCUCAUCCUGCUCCUCUUCUGCUACAAAGACAAACUGAAGUUACUCUCUGUAAAUCUGCGAUCCUGUGUUCAGAAUCUGAAGAGGACGAGGAUACAGCAGGAGACCCUGGCCCCUCUUUACCAUAGUGGGGGUCCCAAGUGUACACCAUGUGAGACGACCAAACUCAUCUGCCCAGCACCAAACAACCCCACAGAUGAGUCCCCAUGCACGACCCCAUCCACUUCUGUUCCUGAUGUCAAGGUCUCACUGCCAUUCACAGGGGAAGUGAGAGAGAAAGAAGGAACCAACAGGAAGACACUGACGGAGGAUCAGAGUGAGGGGUCUGGAGAACCAGAGGAGGUCUCAGAAGAGGAGGAGGUUGUGAGUGUGUCUCCACUUUUGGCAGGUUCUUGUAUGUGUGUCAUUCCCGUUCAUGAACCUCUAGAAGUAGGGGAGAAUGAGGACUGUAGCCAGGCUGUCAGCCCUGGGACUCCUGGAACCUGCUCGUGUGGAGGGCUAGAUGGAGAGAGGGAUGGAGAUGAGAGUGGGAGAGAAGAGAAGAGUGAGAGCGUAAGGGCAAUCAGUGGUGGAGAAAAGACUGAAGGAACUCAUGAAAAGAUGGUUUUGUGCAAGAGUGAAACAGGUGCUGCAUCUCUUGUGUCUCAUUCUCCUCCACUCCUCCACACCUCCUCUGUAGUCCCUCCAUCCAGUCCACUUCCUGAACUCUGCCUGCCAUUGUCUCAGGCUGUGGUGUCAUCGGAGUUCAAACCUUACCUGACUGACAGGUCACUAGUAAAACAGGAGGAAUUAUACAGACUGGCAAGCAUGGACCCCACCUCAACAGAGAAUAGUACAACCUCUGUUAUGACCUCUGUCAUUCCCUUGAUGACUCCCUCAACUGUUGGAGAUCUCUACCUGGACAAGUCCCCUGUGGCUUCUAGCCAGGAGCAAAGCCAGGGACUUUCCUGGGAGGACAGUAGUGGAAACAAGCUCUCCUCUGGGGAGACAGAACUGGAGUGCUCACCUGAGAGCCUCCACAGUCAACUGGCUGAACCAACUCUUACCUCAGGUCAGGUGUCGGGGAACCACAACACGACCUUCAUCUCCAGCGGUCAGGUGAUGAACUUCAGCGGUGACGUCAUUGUUGUCUAUGUCAGCCAGACGUCUGUUGGCAGUGAUGGGGCAGGGCAGGAUGAUGCCUUUGGAAGCCCCGUCCAGGAAGAGGCCAACGAGACAGCUCCAUUUUUCCAGAGGAGCCUGAGGUCACAAGGGGAUUCCGUUUCCCACAUCACAUUGCAAGACGAGACACUGCCAGUCCAAGAAGUGAUGGAGGAGCGGCCACUGGGAAAGUGAUAACUCAAUAACUAUCAGAUGGACAGUGCGGAAAUGAUCUCUGGACACUCCUGUUGGUUACAUCGACUUAUAUUACAUUACCAUUUGUCCAACCAGACAAGCUUUUAAUAUAAGAGUUAGGAAAAAAAAAGUCUUUCAUUUAAAAUGAAGCUGAUCAGUCAGUUGACUGAGGAAGCAACUUUUAGCAAUGUGAAGCUAUCAGUCUGUGCCCAUCUCAUUUCUUUGGAGAGCAAUCUAGAAAAACUCAUCCCAUUUCAUACAUUAGUCACUGAAUGUUGCCUCAGGCAUCUUUAAUGUGCCUUUUUUCAGUUUACAAUGGAAAGCUGAAGGCUUUUUCAAAUGGAAACUCCCUUCAUUCCAGACAGUGAUGGGGAAUUUUGUUGGGAAUUGGAUGUGGAACUAGAGUUCAGACUGGAAGAACGUCAUGUUUUUAUGGUUGUAUGGAAAUUGCACCUGGGUCUUGAUACAAAGGAGUUUCUACAUUUCCCAUUCCCACCUUUCAUGAUUUGAAUAGCCCAGGUUAAAUUCUGUAGACUUCCAGGUUUUAACAAUUCUAAAUUUGACAUUUGGAUGAUUUCAACAGUUUUCUUACAUAACAAAUUAUCCACCAUGUGGAAAUAAUUGUCUUUGCUCUCACAAAAUCAUGCCAUGGAAGUAAAUAUUUUUAUGGAGGAAAAUUCAAUCUACUCGGUACAUUAAGAUCUGGCAGAGUAGAAUCAAACUUUGGAAAAGAAAAAAAAAAGAUGAAUUUUAAGCAUUUCACUUGCCUUUUUUCUGGUUUGCAGGGUCUAACAAAGCUAUUUUACAGUAAAGAGACACAUCCAGUUUUGGUACAAUGCUUGUUUAUCCUGUAUGUAGACUUUUUUAUUCUCUUCUUAUUGCACCACAGGUGCGGUUUGUGUCUAAGAAAAAAAUGCUGUGCAUUUGAUAAGCUAUUUUAUUACCAGUUUGAUUUGUUUCAUUAUGUUUUAAUGUGCAAGCCUUAAUGAAGAAAAGUAAAACGUCAGCUUGUUUAUAAUAUUUUGUUUUAAAUAAUUUUUCAAAGUAAUAUUUCAGAAGAUUCAUCUGUGUGAUCAAUGUUUGUAUAUAUUUCAAAAGAAAAAAAGCAUGAUGUAUUUGUGAAAUAAGAAUGAAUAUUCCCUUUGUGCUUCCUCUCAUUUGAUUUGUGGUGUGGAUGUGUGAAGUCAAGUGGAGCUAUUAACAGCUGGUUAAACGCACACAUUCUAGGAAAGGGACUGUUCGAUUUAAUAGCUCGUCAUAUGUAUGCAGCUUUACAAUGAUUAUGUACAUAUCAAUCAAACUUAUUGAAAUGAAUGACUGAAAGGAUAUUUUGAUUGAAAUUAAAUAUGUUUUGCAUCUAAUCCUUUCAGGGAUGGCUGCCAUC